CCGCAAACGCCCACGCACGUAGACUUCUUCUAUAAUAUAAGCCUGAUGCUGAUGUCAAACCCUCUUUGACAGAAGUGACAACACCAUGAGCACGCUCUUCCUACCAGCUCUCCUCCUGCUCUCUGGUGUCCUCUGUGGUGCCUCAACAGUGGAUCCCGUUCCCACCUAUGAGCACCAAGACCGAUCCACCGGGAAAAUCCUCCAGUGCAACAAGUGUCCACCAGGCACUCACAUGGUCGCUCACUGCACUGCCACCAGCCCCACCCGGUGCUCUCCGUGCGGACCGGACCGCUUCACCGAGCAGUGGAACUACCUGCCCAUGUGUCUGUACUGCAGCAACCUAUGCUCUGAGAACCAGGAGGUGGAGAAGGAGUGCUCCCCGACCAGCGACAGGGUGUGUCGGUGCAAAGAGGGCUUCUACGCCUCUGACGACUUCUGUUUCCCACACUCAGAGUGUGGCCCCGGGCAGGGAGUCCUAACCAAAGGUACAUUGCAAAAUGACACUGUUUGUGAGCACUGCCCUGAUGGCUAUUUUUCCAACUCAUCUUCUACGUCGGAUUUGUGUGUAAAACACCUGGAAUGCUCAAGCACACAGCUUGUGCUCCUCCACGGCUCAGCGUACCAUGACACAGUGUGUGGCUCCUGGGAAGAUCUUGCAAACGGAGGUGACACGCUGAGGACAUUUCUCUCCGCAUUCUUCAGUUCACACAGGAUGCGUGUAGGAAGAAUGAAAAGAUUUAUCCACAAGUACAUCCAGAAGUCGGGAGAAGACAGGCGCGCCACUCUCCCUAAAAAGAGAGGUCCUCUCCUGGAUAUAAUCAGAGAGUGGCUGGUCCAGGCUCCAGAGGAGGAGCUGAGAAAACUGCCAGCGAAGCUUAUGCUCCUCCACGGCUCAGUGUACCACGACACAGUGUGUGGCUCCUGUGAAGAUCUUGCAAACGGAGGUGACACGCUGAGGACAUUUCUCUCCAGAUUCUUCAGUUCACACAGGAUGCAUGUAGGAAGAAUGAAAAGAUUUAUCCACAAGUACAUCCAGAAGUCGGGAGAAGACAGGUGGGCCACUCUCCCUAAAAAGAGAGGUCCUCUCCUGGAUAUAAUCAGAGAGUGGCUGGUCCAGGCACCAGAAGAGGAGCUGAGAAAACUGCCAGCGAAGCUCAAGGCUUGUGACCUCAGAGUCAUGGCAGAGAAACUGGAGAAGAGACUCACUGAGAUUAAGCAUGGGAGCCUAAACUGUACCUUAAGCAUCUGAUGCACUCCAAUACAAUGAGUCCAUGAUACAUGUACAGCUAUAUCUCAUAAACGUAAUAUAUGACAGGGAAGCUUAAAAACUAUGUGAAUUAAAUGAAUAAUGUUCGAUGAAGCACAGAUACAUGAUAAUAUUACAGAUAGUAAGGCAACCACUGUCGCUAAAGUGUCCAUUUGAUAUAUUAAAAUAAAGUCCCGGUAUUGUCAA